CAUUCUAUAGAGCUUUCGGGGUCAAAUACAUACUUGAAACAUGACGCUCACGUUCAUUGGAGCUACACAUCGUAACCUGGAAACCAGUUGAACGCCGUACAGUUUACACAUUGAUACAGCCUAUAUGUUAUACGACUUGGACGUCUGAAGAUGAUACUGUUAUCGGUUAUAUAUGUACUGGGAACAGUGUAUGUCCUUGGUGACGUGGAUACAGAGAAGGAACCACCAAGGCUCGCUGAUGAUCCUAACCUUGAUGUAUCGCAAUCUACGGCUCAUGUGGCUACUACGGGUACUUUAAACCUAGAAGAAGACAACCCAGACCUGCUGCCAAACGCACAUAAUUUAACACAUGAACUGAUGCCACUGAUCGAGCGCCGUGCAGAGGAAAUUAAACAUAAGCAUCCUAGGGACAAAGACGUCGAUGAAAGGAAACGUAAGUCCGAUGCCAAACAUGAGAAUACCAUAAACCUUUGCCAACGAGACUACAGUAAACCAUGCCCACUGGGCUUCAAACAUAUAGUAACCAAGGACGGAGAAAACACGUGCAUACCGCCAGCAGGAUACACAGGGCCGUGCAUGGGCAACAACUUAGUAUAUCGCAAUAUGCCAGAAGAGGAUAAAAUAGCAUGGGCUACUAGAUGCUUGGCAAACUGGCCAUGCGUCAUGUGUCGAAGGAGAUAUUCAGACUAUUGCCCGGAAAAGUGGACCUUGGAUAAACACGACACUACGGGUAAACUAAUGUGCAUUCCCUCAGAUGAAUAUCAAGGCCCAUGCACAGGGCAGACUAUCUCGUUUCUUAACUACAAUAUCGCAAUGCAAAAGCAAUGGUCACAAAGGUGCCAUGCAUGGUGGCCGUGUGACGAGCCGGACUUAUCAAAUAUGCCGGACACAACGCUGCCCAUCUCAAUGGCGGCUACAUUAUAUCGCAUAACUCACUAAUGAUCUAUUCUCGUGUGAUAUAACAGUGCCAUUAACAAGCAAUGAUACACGCUCCUGUGUAAACUAAUGUUGCACUGAAUAGUAGCUCAACACGGGAACUAUAUAUGGAGUAGAUAGAUG